AUGUAUCGAGGAAGAGGAGGAGGGGGAGGAGCCAGACGCGGCAGGGGAAACUUUCCUCCAGCUGGAUCUCCCAGACCUCUAGCCGGACCUCCUAGACCUCCAGUUGGACCUCCUAGACCUCCAAGGUUCGCAUCAACCAAAAAUGACCACAUGCCGACGAGCAAAUACAUGAGAAAGGACAGAGACGAGAGAAUUCGGCAGGCCGAGGAUGCGGAGUAUCUUGGUCGUCCACCGGCAGACAAAGAUCUGAUCCAGGUGACACAUGUACUCCCGAGCAAAGAAAUCCCCAGCGGCCUCGAAGACUCGCGGGUAUUCAACGACAUCCGAAGACAGUACCAAGUCUAUAUCACCCGCGAUAUACCCAACAUACUCGACAUUCGUUGCGAAUCCAUGGCCCGUCUCCAAAAAGCGCUUGAAGCAAUCAACUGGGCGAUUCGCGAUAUGCGUUUGUCUCAAGACACUCCUAAUGUUUGUUUCCUUACCCAGAAACCCAAUGAUGUUCUCGUCAACGACAUGAUACAGGUUGGGCUUGGCACUCGCUCUUCCUUUCUCUCCCGUAGUCCCAACAUCAUCAGUGAUGCGACUGCAAUGGAUCAUCAUUUGCCACAGUUGACGUCGAAUAUUGUUUCUUCAUCAGAAGGCCUCAUGGCUCUCAACAAGACCAUGGGGUUGCGUGUCAACUUUGGGCUCCUGGUCCCUAUCAAGCGAAAGAAGGGCGCCCAAGAGGAAGCCACUUAUGCCGACUUCGCCAAACUCGUGCAAGGCUAUUCUCGACGCGGAGGCGCAAUCUUUUAUACUAGGCUUGAAGAUGAUGGAAAAGCAGAGCAGCUAAUACGUUUCCUUGUGCAAUCCGAAGAGGCGAUCUGCAGCGGCGUAAAGGAGAUGAAGCGAGGCUGCGAGGUGGUCGUCAAAGCUAACGGGCUCGACAUCAAGGCCGAAGGAGACUAUAUCUCCGGGAAAGGUGUGCAGCUUGCCAUGGUCCGAGCUACUAGGCCAGAGCAAGGCGCCCUCUUAAAUUGGACAGUCGCUGCCCCUGACAUGCAAUACGACUGGAGCUUUCGAAUCGAUGCUUGGGACCAAGUCGAAGUACCAUCCGAGUUUGAGAAUUUGGCAAAGAGGAUAUCGAUCAGCCUCAAGCCAGACGAUGACAGUUUCCUCCCAAUCCCAAACGUCAAUACCGCUCAACUUGCGAGUCUGGGUGAGCAGAUCACCGAGAUUUAUACCAGAUCUUGGGCAAUAGUCCCUUUCAAGGAGUCUAACUAUGCGAUCAAAAUUGAUGUCACUAAUAAUUUGAAGGGACUCCAAGCUGGUGAGCCUCAAGUCACUUGGGGUAUCGAACUGUACGCUCCUCACUGGGAAGAAAGUGUGAAUUACGCUAGUGGAGGGCGGAAAGAUUGGGGGAAGGAACUCGAGCAUAUUUGGACGGAGGGUGAAGAUCUCAAGUCGAGGCUUGAAUGCUUCAUGCGGACCAUAUUGGAGGUUCAAGCCCUCCUGAACAGAAACUGA